AGGGAAUGGAGGCCUUGGCCUUUAUUCACCAUGGACUUCGGUAUGCGGGAAAGGGAACUUUCACUAGGGACGACUACCACGGGGCCAUCAUCCACGGCGACCUGAAAGAGGAGAACUUCCUGCUGACGUGGACGUUCCAACCUCUCCCUCAGUUGAAGCUUGCGGAUUUUGGAGCUGCGAGGCUCGCGGGAUCCAGAGACGGCCGGAUUCUACCUGGAACCGAUUGCUACCACGCUCCAGAGGACGCCGCCAUUUACGGAGAUCUCAAGCCACGUGCCGUAAGCAGUCGCCUGUGGCAGGAGAUGAUCAAUCGCCGGACCAUCGCGUCGGACAUUUACGCCUUUGGACUCAUGGUCCAUAUGUUCGCGUGCGGGGAGCGAAACCCAAUAAAGAUUGGUACCGACCCCAGCACGUUGCGCAUACCCGAGGAGUACGGGACGUCUGGUCUUCUGGAGCUCCUCCAGAAAAUGCUUGCUGUGGAUCCUGCGGAUCGCGCAGUGGCAUCUUUCGACGGAGAGCACGGAGUGAUGGGCGAGAUCAAUAAGAUGCGAGACGCUCGCGAUCGUUUGAUCAGUGCCCGACAGCUUCCUGGUCCAGCAGAAUGGGCGUUCCGGGCCCCCAAAGGGCACCAUGCUUCGUAAGUGAUUUCCUCCUCUACACU